AUGCUUUCUGAUAACGACAUUAUUGCCAGUUUCUCGCCAGAUUCUCGAACAUUUGCGUUCAGAUCAAAUGGCCUGCAAAGGAAGUAUGUGGACUUAUAUCCAUUGAGCGAAGCCAAUGACUACAAAGUCUCAAGCUCCUUGGUUAGCCAUAUUGAUUACGAAAGUGGAGAUCUGAAACUUGAGGAUCUGAAAUUCACAACGUGGUGUUUAGCAAAUGCCGAGGACAGGAAUUCGUCUGGCAAAACUAAGCGUAAGCUUUCUGAGCCAAAUGCCGACUCAAAUAGUCAAGCUGGAUCGGUAUCAAGCGAGUCAUACUUCGUAAACGUGUUCACGGGCGGUAAGAUUGUCGUGUUCUCGCCCACAGGUAAGGAAAUCGUCAAUAUAAUACAGAAUAAGCGCGAAAUUCUAGGUCUAGGUGCAUCUGGCUCCACCUUGUGGAUUUUAGAUGACGAAAAGACGGUCAAGCAUUUUGAUUAUAGAUCCUCUAAACCUCUUAAGACCUUUCAUCUCGUGGAUGGCAAAAAUGACGAUAUCUCGAAUUUCCAAGUGCUGGAAUGGCAGGAUAAAGUUCUACUUGCUGUUUUUACGCCUACAAAUUUAUACAUCGUGGAUCCUUCUAAAAGAAGGCCCUCCACAGUUGUAAACAUGGAUCUACCAAUGGGCAAGUACUGUGUCCCUGGUGCCGAAAGUCAGUUGAUUGUUGCCGGCUCCGACAGCGUCCACAUUGUGGAGCUAAAAACUGGUAAAGCAGUGUCAAAAUGGAGGUUUCAGGCAUCCCAGCUGAAGUUCUGGCAAGAUAGAAUAUAUGGGCAAUCUGUCGACGGCAUUGUGUCUGUUUUUGAGGUGGGAAAUCAGAAGGAAAUUUGUUCAAUCAAAUGUCAAUCUUCGAAGAUCAUUCACUUCACGUUUGUGGAUUCUAACAUAAUUAUUGCAUGGCUUAACGUAAAUGAGCCCAAAUUUGAGCAUCUAACAUCCGAAAGGAUCAGCAAAAGUCACGAAAUCGUAUUUCAUCAAGAAAAAGAUGCUGUCACGGAGUCCAAUGCCGACGCCGAGCUUGAAACCACUAACACGAACAACAGAGUUCCAGAGAAAGUAUCAACUAAAUCUAAAGACAAAGAUAUUAUUACUGUGCUUUUGCGCCUAAUGGAUGAUAAAAGUAGUUCCACUGAGAUAUUACAUACUCUUGCAUCAGAGUCGUGGUCCGAAGCUCAAAUCAAAGAAGUUGUGAGCUCCAACCUAGCUGAUGAGCACGCUAAGACGGUUUUCAGCAUUCUGUCUAACGAAAUAUCUCAGAAUCCAUGGUCUACCGGCAGCAACUGUGCGCUUUGGUACAAAUGGCUGCUGACGCUUUGCCACAGUAGUGUGGCGCCUAUAUCUGAUAACCGGUCAAAUAAAAAUUUGAAGCAAGUAAGAUCGUCGCUGCGUCAAAGCAGUGAUGUGUAUUCCUUGCUACUUUCAAUGAAGGGUAAGUUAGAAAUGCUAAGUGAGCAGGCUAAACUUCGGGAAGAGUUUGCCAACGUGUCUCUGGACGCUGAAGAUUACCAGUUCAGCACAGAAAAUGAUGAAACAAAAGAACAAGAGCCUAUAUACGCAAAUGGUGAGGGCGAUGAGUUCGUCGAUGCACUCGAUUAUACCGAUCCGUCUCUCAAGGUCAGCGGCAGCUAA